AUGCCUCGAUUUCCCGUCGCUUGUUUUCAUCGAACAGUUGCAAAUCAGACCAAGGAGCGAACCACCUCAAGAAACAACAAUCCGCCAACCCAAAUUUUACAGUACGUAUGCCCUCCCACUUUUUUUAAACUUCCCCAAUCCCUUUGUCGCCCCUCGCCUCUCGUCUCUCGUCGCCUCUCCCACCCACCUCGCCAUCAGCUCUCCCUCUCACCCAGCCGUUCGCCUCUUCCUGCCAUCCCGCCGUCGGCUCUCCCUCUCUACCCACCAUUGCCUCUCCCCCCUAUCCAGCCGUCGCCUCUUCCUCUCACCCCACGGUCGCCUCCCUCCCGUCCCCCUCAUCACCUCUCCCUCUCACCCGCCACCGCCUCUCAUUCACAUCCCGCCGUCUCCUCGCCCUCGCAUCCCGCCGUCGCCUCCCCCUCACAUCCCGCUGUCGCCUCCCCCUCACAUCCCACCGUCGCUUCCCCCCCAUAUCCCGCCUCGCCUCCCCCUUCGCAUCCCGCCGUCGCCUCCCCCCUGGCAUCCCGCCGUCGCCUCCCCCCUCGCAUCCCGCCGCCGCCUCCCCAUUCGCAUCCCGCCGUCCCCUCCCCCCUCGCAUCCCGCCGUCGCCUCCCCCCUUGCAUCCCGCAGUCGCUUCCCCUUCACAUCGCGCCGUCGCCUCCCCUUCCAAUUCCGCCGUCGCCUAUCCUCUCACCGCUGUCACCUCCCCCUCUCAUCUCGCCGUCGCUGAUGAUGACAGCUGCACGAGCUCGAGCUGGCGGGCGAGAGCGAGAUGGUUUCUUAGGCGCCGUGUUUCUGAGGUGCGCUUACAUAUCCCAGUCUUUUUCUCCUCCUUUCCCCCUCUGA